AUGUUACAGGGUCAUUAUAUCUCCUCCUCUGUCCCCAUUACCUGGUGUCUCUGUCCCCAUUACCUGGUGUCUCUGUCCCCAUUACCUGGUGUCUCUGUCCCCAUUACCUGUGGUGUCUCCGUCCCCAUUACCUGGUGUCUCUGUCCCCAUUACCUGUGGUGUCUCUGUCCCCAUUACCUGGUGUCUCUGUCCCCAUUACCUGGUGUCUCUGUCCCCAUUACCUGGUGUCUCUGUCCCCAUUACCUGUGGUGUCUCUGUCCCCAUUACCUGUGGUGUCUCCGUCCCCAUUACCUGGUGUCUCUGUCCCCAUUACCUGGUGUCUCUGUCCCCAUUACCUGUGGUGUCUCUGUCCCCAUUACCUGUGGUGUCUCUGUCCCCAUUACCUGUGGUGUCUCCGUCCCCAUUACCUGGUGUCUCUGUCCCCAUUACCUGUGGUGUCUCUGUCCCCAUUACCUGAGGUGUCUCCGUCCCCAUUACCUGAGGUGUCUCCGUCCCCAUUACCUGGUGUCUCUGUCCCCAUUACCUGGUGUCUCUGUCCCCAUUACCUGUGGUGUCUCCGUCCCCAUUACCUGUGGUGUCUCCGUCCCCAUUACCUGUGGUGUCUCCGUCCCCAUUACCUGUGGUGUCUCUGUCCCCAUUACAUGUGGUGUCUCCGUCCCCAUUACAUGUGGUGUCUCUGUCCCCAUUACCUGUGGUGUCUCCGUCCCCAUUACCUGUGGUGUCUCCGUCCCCAUUACCUGGUGUCUCUGUCCCCAUUACUUGUGGUGUCUCCGUCCCCAUUACCUGGUGUCUCUGUCCCCAUUACCUGUGGUGUCUCUGUCCCCAUUACCUGAGGUGUCUCCGUCCCCAUUACCUGUGGUGUCUCUGUCCCCAUUACCUGGUGUCUCUGUCCCCAUUACCUGGUGUCUCUGUCCCCAUUACCUGGUGUCUCUGUCCCCAUUACCUGUGGUGUCUCUGUCCCCAUUACCUGUGGUGUCUCCGUCCCCAUUACCUGUGGUGUCUCUGUCCCCAUUACCUGUGGUGUCCCGCAAGGUUCUGAUUUUCUGA